AUGCUUUUAAGAACAAGUGAGAAACUUAGAGAUUUAAGCGUUCAUGGUAGAACUGGAAAUUUAUUAGGAAAAGCAGGAAAAGCAUUUGAAAAUGCACUUGACAACAAUUCUAGCUUAACCUCUUUAAGGCUUAAUAACAAUUGCAUUGAUUCUACUAUUCUCGGUUCAAUUCAAGAAUUACUUUCAGAGAAAUUUGAAGAUUAUGAUUAUAUCGAAACUGAUUAG